AAAGUUUUACUGAGGGGUUUUUAAACAUUUCAUCUACUUCGUAGUUUUAUAUUUAAUCUUACAUUGGGAUUUAUAAGUGACACGACAUGUUAACCUUGUGAGAAAGCUCGAGCUUGUGUUCAUGAGCAUCUCCGUUAGUUUGCAUCAGUUUAUUAGAUGUUUUUAUAAUUUAAUUAGUCUAGAAUUUAGUUGUUGUUGUUUUUCGGUUUAUACAUAAUAAACAUUUAAGGAGCAGCUCCACCUGUUUGUUGUAAUCUAGCGGAACCAACACAAACACUGCAACUAAAUCAUUAACUGGUAUCCAUGCAACGGUGUUUGUGUCACAUGCUGAGGGUGUUGGUGUUUAAUGAUGAUUAUAACUAGACAUUUUUUUUUUUUACAGAUUUGUAAUCUUUCCUUUUUCACUUUCAGGCAUUGGUAUAUAAAGAUCUAGUGAAAACAACUAGAGUUGACCUAUGAGACAUGGACUCCGAUACAAGUAGAGUGUCCAGUCGGCCCUCCUCUCCGGAAGGAGAUGAUCUGUUCCUCUCUGCGGUGAAGAAAUCGACGGGUUUCUCGGGCGCAGUUUCGUCUACGCAGAGUGACUCACCCCCGGAGCUGAGCGCGGACAUUCGCGGCCUUUCGGGCGUCGACGAGAACGCGCUCGGCUUAAAGAUGUUCUCCAAGAAAGACCGCAAACUGCUGUCCGAGAAUGAGCUACAGACCAUCCGCCUGAAGAUCAACAGCCGCGAGCGCAAACGCAUGCACGACCUGAACAUCGCUAUGGACGGCUUGCGCGAGGUCAUGCCUUACGCGCAUGGGCCCUCGGUGCGCAAGCUCUCCAAGAUCGCUACCCUGCUACUGGCGCGCAACUAUAUCCUCAUGCUUAGUAACUCGCUCGAAGAGAUGAAGCGUCUCGUCAGCGAGAUCUACGGGGGCGGAGGUGGAGGAGGAAGCGGCGCCCACCACGCGACCUUCCACCCGUCUGCUUGUGGCACUCUGGCGCACACCGCAUCUCCACUGGCCAGCCAUGCAGCCGCUGCAGCCGCCGCCGGAUCUCAUCCGGUUCACCAUGCGCUACUCCCACCAACAGUGUCCAGCGCUUCUUUAACAGCGCCAGGCCUUUCGGCCGUGGCCUCAGUCAGACCGCAUCACGGACUCCUGAAGGCGCCGUCGGCUGGGGCGAGCCCCCUCACCUCGGGCUUCCAGCACUGGGGCGCGAGCAUGCCGUGCCCGUGCAGCAUGUGCCAAGUCCCCGCGCCUCACGUGCCCACCAUGAGCUCGGUCAGCAUGCCACGCCUGGCCAGCGACUCCAAAUGACUCAAUAACUUUUUUUUUCUAAACAUGCGGAUAAAUAUUAAGACUUUAUAUUAAGAGACACUUAAAGACAACGCGUGGUUUGAUACCGCCUCAUACACUUCUCCGUGCCACAAUCGGCUUUGUCUCCAAAAAAUAAUUUUUUGACAGCUCGGUGACACUAAUAUAGAUUUUUUUGCUAACACGUUAGCUGAAGUAGGCUUUACAGCAGGGUACAUUUAUUUCUGAGUCUAUUCUGUCUCUUUCAAGAAACAAACUUGGGCAGUAUAACCCAAACCUUGACGAUAAGAGUGUAAAUAACUAUGUAAAUAUGUAGUGUUUGUACAGUAUGAGAGCUUUUAUAUUAGGUUUGGGAUGAAUUCGUUUACCUGAGACUGAAGUCGUAUUGCACCUGCUCAUCUCUUUCUCGUUCUUUCUUUCCCUCUUUCUCCAUUCUCUCCUUUGUUUCCUUUUUCUUAUUUUGUUCCUGCUUUACUGUUGUCACUAUCCGACACAAAGAAUGAUCUUUUUUUUUUAUUAUUUU